UGUUUUUGAAAAUGCCGUUUAUUGCGUUUUGGAAUCAAACUCUUCAUUUAUAGCCUUUUCUCAAAGCAGCUGCAAUAAUAAAACUUAUCAUUUUGAUGGCGGAUAUGACAAAUUAAUGUUAGAGAUUAGAUCUAGGCUAUAGGUAAUGCUGAUAGCCUACACACUAAAUAGCCUACACAUAGUCACGCAAUGCUGAUGUUGUUAACAUUAACAAUUUGAGAAAGUAGGCUACGGAAAAACUAGAAGAAAAACUACAGACUGCAGCUUUGAUUGAAAAUUUAACAAAUAUGAUUCAGGUGAUCAAUACCAGCUUGUGUUUUCAUUUUUUAAAGCGUUCUGUCACGACUGCGAUGACGAAUUUUUUAGAUGCGCGUGAACAUUUUCCAUGGCAACGUUCUGUUUGGUGUUUACUGUAACCCUGACCGUCUCAUCAGCAUCUCCACAUCCUGCGUGGAGACCGUUUUCGACGAUUAUUGAGCUGAUGGAGGAGUUCAUCAAUUGACUGUAAUCAGAUCAGUUUUAUUUUUGUGUGGUGGAAUCUGAGCACAAGACAUGCCUGGUGUUCACUAUAAGUUUCGAAGUAAACUUACCCACGACACAGUCCCGUUUGAAGGACUUCACAUCACUCUGAGAGAGUUGAAACGACACAUUAUGAAGCGCGAGAGACUGAAGUUGUGUGACCUGCAGAUCAGCAGCGCUCAAACUAAUGAAGAAUACACUGAUGAAGCCAUCAUCCCCAACAACACAUCAGUCAUCGUCAGACGAAUCCCUGCUGCUGGGCUGAAAUCUACAAACAGAAGAUUUAUCAAUAAUAAGACUGAACCAUCAAGUGGAUCUUCAAAAACAGUAUGUAGAAAAGCUGUUGAAUUGGUUUUUAUGUAUAAUAUGUCUAAUGAGUCCCUUUGGAAAUGUUUUUAAUUGAAUAUUCUUAUAGUUAUUUUUUCACUUUUGCUUGUUUCCAUUAUUAUUUGUAACAUACAACGACUGGCUCCUCCAGUUCAUGAGAUCAAUGUUCACUACUGUAUGUUUUAUAAUGUUACACUAUUUUUGAUCAAACUGUCAGAAAAAAAGCCUUUUGCUUGUUGCAAGAUGAAGGUAGGACCAAUUAAGUUUUAAAUAAAACACAGUUUUAAAUAAUAUUUCAUUCUGUUUUCAUGCACUAUUGUAUGAUUUUAAAUGACAUUUUCUGUAUGGAUAAACCACAUUUGUUGUAUAAUAAUUGCCAUGUUAAAAAAUAAAAUUAAAUGAAGUCCCUGGUGUUCAAAGCGAUUCAUUUUGAUUGGGUUUCUGUGGACAAGCGUCUCGUUCAUGUCUCUGCGUGUCUCGUUCAUGUCUCAAACCUCUAGACUGACUGACCUCACUGUUGUCCUAAAUAAGCCUUGUAUCUCGUCACAGAGGUAACUCUUUCUGUCAAUG